AUGGAAAAAGAUACCGUGAAUUGGUCUGAACUUCCAUACGAUAUACUUGUUACAAUAGCGAAUCGCGUUACAUGUAUAGAUGAUUUCGUUGUAUUUGGUGCCGUUUGUAAAUCAUGGGGAACUGCUGCUACCAAAGAAAUUUUUGAUUUUUCAUCUCCCCAAGCUCCGUUGCUUAUGUUGGCUGCUAAUAAAGAUGAUGAAUAUCGAGAAUUUUACUCUCUUUCCAAGAAAAAAGUUUCACGCAAAGUCUUUCUCCCCGAAGCUAAAGGGCGAGAAUGUUUUUCAACCCAAGGAUGGUUUUGCACUGUGGAAUAUAUAGCUACAGUUAUAAGAGAUAUGAAGUUAUUGCACCCUUUCUCACGUGCCCAAAUACAGCUUCCUUCUCAUACUAGCUUGUUAGAAUAUUCGGAAUCAAUAGAUGUGAUCAUCAUCCGCAAAGUUGUGUUAUCUGCUAAUCCUUCCUUUACAUCCGAUUAUGUUGUAAUGAUCGCGUAUCCUUAUAGGCAUAAAAGUUAUUUGGCUUUUUGGCGACCUGGAGAUCUCCACUGGACCAAAAUUGAUAUUGACAGAUGUGGUUUAUUCAAGGAUAUACACUACUUCAAAGGACAAUUUUAUAUGAUCACUUGUGAUGGAGUUUGGGUUAUUGAUAAUCUUGAACCCCGCUUGCUUCUUUGGGUAACCAUUAAUUAUGAGAGAAAUACGCACUCAAAGCAUCUAUAUCUAGUUGAAGUAUCAGGUGCACUAUUACUUGUUGCGCAAUUUUUUGAAAGUAAUAAACUAGUUAUACCCAAUAUUGAAUAUGACUUUCAAGUAUGGGAACUAGAUCUAAUUGAAGGAGAAGCAAAAGAGAUUAAUGUUUUGGGAGAUAGAGCAAUUUUUUUGUGGUGUAAUGCUUCAACUGUGAUUGAUACUUCUAAGUUUAUAGGGGUGAAGCCUAAUCACAUCUAUUAUACUAGUGAUUGGAUAGAUUUACUUUCCCCCCACAAAAGUGGUGCUUGCAAAUAUACGAGGGCUUACAAUGUCGAAGAUGGAAAAAUUACAUCGGUUCAUUAUGAUUCACCUGUUAGUCCUAUUUACCUGUCAACUUGGGUUACACCAUCGUUCUGA